CUCGUCCUGAGUCGCAGAUAUACAAGCGCGGCCAUGUUUAAUUUCGGCUACGAUGUUGGCGUUUUCAGUGGCUUGCAGGCCAUGGAGCCUUUCAAGAAACGCUUCGGGAAAUGCGAUUCGCACGGCACUUGUAGCAUACCGUCCUACCUGUCUUCGGUCAUGAACUCGACGCCGUAUCUCGGAAAACUCCUGGGGACCUGGGUCGCGGCUCCUUUAGCCGAGAGGUUCGGACGGAAGAAGAGCUUGCUGUUUGUUGCUGUUUGCUCCAUUAUUGGCACGAUACUGCAGAUUUCAGCAACGACGGCGGCGCAAUUCACUGUAGGACGGAUAACCUGCUACUUCAUGACAGGUAUCUGCAUGCUGAUGAUCCCGUCCUACCUCGCCGAAACAGCGCCCCAGGAGCUGCGAGGGCUCAUCGGCGGCCAAAUCCAAAUCCAGAUCAUGUUCUCGCAAGUCAUUGCUAAUUUGAUCAACAACGGAACAAAGCAGCUGGCCACUGAUGCCUGCUGGAUGAUUCCUCUCGGCAUCCAAUUCGUCAUGCCCGCCAUCCUUAUCGCUGCCUAUCCCUUUCUGGUCGAAUCCCCGCGAUGGCUCAUCAGCCGCGGCGACACCGACGCGGCCUCGACCGCGCUACGCAAACUGCGCAAAAACACCGCCCCCUCAACCCUCGCCGCGGAGCUAAACCUAAUGCUCCACGCGCGCACCAACGACGGCAAAGGCGCCUGGAGCGAAGUCUUCAGUGGGCCCAACAAACGGCGCACCGGUAUCGCCAUCCUCGGGAUGCUGUGCCAGCAGCUCUCAGGCCAGAUCUUCACGUCGCAAUACGGCGUGCUGUUCUACCAGCACCAAGGCUACGCGAACUCCUUCGCGCUCGGGAUCUGCUACACGACGCUGCAGCUCUCCACGGCGCUGUCGGCGUCCCUCCUCGUCGACCACACGGGCCGCCGCCCGCUGCUGCUCCUCGGCGGCCUCGCGCAAGCAAGCGCGCUCUACCUCGUCGGCGGGCUGGGCACGGUAACCGCCCCCACCCGCGCGGAGAAAGACGCCCUCGUCGCCGGCCUCAUGCUGUUCGGCGUGUUUUUCGGGCUCACCUGGGCGCCGCUCAGCUACACCACGAUGGCGGAGGCGCCGGCGCGCCGCGUCGCCGAGAAGAGCGCCAUGCUCGCGAACUCGAUCUCGAUUGCGUGCGCGUUUGCGAUCAGCUUUUCGGUGCCGUAUCUCGUGGACGAGGAGUACGCGGGGCUGGGGGCCAGAGUCGGGUUUUUGUAUGGCAGUACGACGGUCUUCGUUACGGGGGCGGUGUGGUGCUUUGUCCCCGAGAUGAAGGGGCGUGCGUUGGAGGAGUUGGAUGCGCUGUUUGAGAGGGGGGUAAGCACGAGGGGGUUUGAGAGUGCGGUUGUCAGGGUUGAUGGUGGUGCGGGUGGGGAUGUGGAGGAAAGGAAGGUGGGGAAGGUUGUGGUGGAGGAGGCGGAGAGGGCCUAGGGUGGUUGCGUUUAUCGUGAAUGCUGAUAGAAGUACAUAAUUUACCCUUUACACUUGUAUAUUCUGUGUGGCCACAUAUCCCUUCCUAAUAUACCUAUACCCUAAUAAUUGUUCACCUCCUAUAAUCGCAUAAAAUAUUUCAAGAUCAUUGGGCUUAGCUUUUAA